AUGACCACAAAACACGAAGAAGAAAACCCCCUGUAUUCAACAGGCAGCUCGGUUGACUCGGGACAAGAAAAGAAACAUGAUAUCGAGGAGCAGCCGGUACAAACCUUUGUGGGACAGGACGUGAUCAAUCCCAGCAACUCUCGAAGUCGAAACGAUGAAAACAAUCAAAAUCUCGACGAAGAUUUCCACUACGAGUCAGAUAUUGCAUUAUCAAGAAAAGCAUCACGUUUAACUACCGAUUAUGAUAAUUUGAUUCGACAAGCUACAAAUACAUCAAGACCUUUACCUCCAAUGGGUAACGGAAGGCCAUAUCCUAAAUACUUGGGAACGAGAGAUCCAUACGUUGUCCAAUUUGAUGGCGACUCAGACCCCGACCAUCCUAAAAACUGGCAGUUUAGAUAUAAGCUUUUGUAUACCGUAACAGUUGGGUUAAGUGCAUUCUGUGUCAGUAUUGGGUCAGCUUUGUUUGCUGAAGCCUCACAAGCAUUGAUGGAAGUUUACCAUAUUGGAUGGACGGUUGCCACUCUAGGUACAUCAUUGUUUGUUUUUGGGUUUGCUUCUGGCCCAGUGCUUUAUGGUCCAUUGUCUGAGUUAUUUGGAAGAAAGAUUGUCUUGAUCCCCAGUUCUUUGGGGUACACAUUGUUUUGUUUUGCUGUGGCUACAGCCAAAGAUAUUCAAACCAUCAUGAUUUGCCGAUUCUUUGCUGGGUUCAUCGGUGCUGCUCCUUUGGUUGUUGCCCCUGCCGUGAUGGCAGAUAUGUUUGGUGCAAGGACUAGAGGUACGGCAAUUACCCUUUUCGCCAUGGUGUUGUUUGGAGGUCCCAUGCUUGCACCCAUUCUUGGUGGAUUCACCGUCAAGAACUCAUCCUUGGGAUGGAGAUGGACGUCAUACUUUUGUGGUAUAGUCGGAGCCUUGUCGUUUGUUAUGAGCAUUUUCUGUUUGGAAGAGACCCAUCAUCCAAUCAUUUUAGCAAGAAGAGCUGAAGAGUUGAGAAGAAGAACAGGUAAUUGGGCAAUCUAUGCACCACAAGAUGAAGUGAGUUUAAGUCUUAAAGAAAUUGUUGAAAAUAACAUUGCUCGUCCUUUGAAGAUGUUAUUCACCGAGCCGAUUUUGUUUCUUGUGACUUUGUACAAUGCCUUUAUCUACGGUAUGUUGUAUUUAUUCUUGACAGCAGUUCCGUUGAUUUUUAUAGGAAAGUAUGGUUGGUCGCAGGGGGUUGGAGAGUUGCCUUAUAUCUCGAUGCUUCUAGGUACGCUUCUGGGAGGAUUGAUUGUUAUACUUUUUGAAAAACGAUAUAAUGCAGUGAUGGAUAAAAAUAAAGGUAGGCCUAUCCCCGAAGAAAGGUUGCCGCCAAUGAUGAUUGGUGGUGUCACUUUUACUGGUGGUAUAUUCUGGCUUGGAUGGAGCGGUGCUUUCGGUAACAAAGUUCACUGGAUAGUACCCACGAUUGGAGCAUUCUUUGUUGGAAAUGGACUAAUGGCCAUAUUCUUGCCAUGUUUCAACUACAUUAUUGAUUGCUAUUUGUUAUAUGCUGCCUCUGCGUUGGCAGGUAAUACUUUUCUUAGAUCGGCAUUUGGUGCAGCUUUCCCACUUUUUGCUAGACAGAUGUUUGUUAACAUGAAGAUUCAAUGGGCAAGUACAUUGUUGGGGUGCUUAGGUGCCAUCAUGAUUCCGGUCCCAUUCUUGUUCUACCGGUAUGGUAAAAGAGUUAGAGCCAGCUCUAAGUACGCAUUUGUGUUGGAAUAA